AUGCACUCACCUCCUAGAGAACAGCCUGCCAUCAUGCUCUGGAAACUGGUUGAAAAUGUCAAGUAUGAAGAUAUCUAUGAGAUGUUAGUCCACACCUAUUCCGCCAUGGACCGGCAUGAUGGAGUGCCCAGUCACAGUUCCAGACUGUCCCAGCUGGGAUCCGUCUCCCAGGGACCCUACUCCAGCGCUCCUCCGCUCUCUCACACCCCAUCCUCGGAUUUCCAGCCGCCUUAUUUCCCACCCCCAUACCAGCCUCUUCCUUACCACCAAAGCCAGGACCCUUACUCCCAUGUCAAUGACCCCUAUUCCCUAAACCCCUUGCAUCAACCCCAGCAGCACCCCUGGGGACAGAGGCAGAGGCAAGAGGUGGGAUCAGAAACCGGGUCACUGCUGCCACAGCCUCGGGCCGCCCUGCCCCAGCUCUCGGGACUGGACCCCAGGCGGGACUACCACUCAGUAAGGAGGCCAGAUGUCCUUCUGCACUCAGCUCACCAUGGCCUUGACUCCGGCAUGGGGGACAGCCUUUCUCUGCAUGGCAUCGGACACCCAGGGAUGGAGGAGGUCCAGUCAGUUGAAGAUGCCAAUAACAGCGGUAUGAACUUAUUGGACCAGUCUGUCAUUAAAAAAGUUCCGGUUCCUCCAAAAUCCGUUACUUCUUUGAUGAUGAAUAAAGAUGGCUUCCUGGGUGGAAUUUCAGUCAAUACCGGAGAGGUGUUUUGCUCUGUACCUGGUCGCUUGUCUUUGCUUAGUUCAACUUCAAAGUACAAAGUAACUGUGGGAGAAGUUCAAAGACGCCUUUCUCCUCCAGAGUGUCUGAAUGCAUCCCUUCUAGGAGGAGUACUUAGAAGAGCCAAGUCGAAAAACGGGGGGAGAUCUUUGCGAGAAAGACUAGAAAAAAUCGGUUUGAAUUUACCAGCCGGCAGGCGUAAGGCCGCAAAUGUCACUUUACUCACCUCCCUGGUGGAAGGUGAAGCCGUUCAUUUAGCUCGGGACUUUGGGUACAUCUGCGAAACGGAGUUCCCAGCCAAAGCUGUUUCUGAGUACCUGAACAGACAGCACACCGACCCCAGCGACCUCCACUCCAGGAAAAACAUGCUGCUUGCCACAAAGCAACUUUGUAAAGAAUUUACAGAUCUCUUGGCCCAGGACAGGACGCCCAUUGGAAACAGCCGGCCAACCCCUAUUUUGGAACCAGGCAUUCAGAGCUGCUUGACUCACUUCAGCCUCAUCACUCAUGGCUUUGGGGCCCCUGCUAUCUGUGCUGCCCUCACAGCCCUUCAAAACUACCUGACUGAAGCUCUCAAAGGCAUGGACAAGAUGUUCUUGAACAACAACACUGCUAACAGGCACACAUCUGGCGAAGGACCAGGUAGUAAAACUGGAGACAAGGAAGAGAAACACAGAAAAUGA